AUGGGCUGCCAGAACUCCCAUCCAUCCGCUAUCCCCGAGCUGGAGGAGAUCAUGCGGGAAACGGGCUUUUCGCAGGCCAGCGUCGUGCGCCUCUAUGACCGAUUUCAGGCCCUGGACAAGCAGCAGAAGGGCUACCUGAGCAAAUACGACCUGCAGGGGAUCGGGGAGCUGGCGGUGAACCCCCUGGGGGACCGGAUCAUCAACGCCUUCUUCAAGGAGGGGGAAGAGCUCACCGAUUUCCGAUCCUUCAUCCGGGUCCUGGCCCAUUUCCGGCCCGUGGAGGAAGGAAAGUCCAAGGAGACUGGUCGCCCGGAGCCCAUGAACAGCCGACUCCGAAAGCUGCAGUUUGCUUUUCAGCUCUAUGACCAGGACAGUGACGGGAAGAUCUCCCGGGACGAGAUGCUGCAGGUGCUGCGGCUGAUGGUUGGCAUCCAGGUGACGGAGGAGCAGCUGGUGUGCAUCGCCGAGCGCACCAUCCAGGAGGCCGAUCAGGACGGUGAUGGCGCCAUCUCCUUCGAGGAGUUUGCCACGUCAGUGGAGAAGCUGAAUAUCGAGCAGAGAAUGAGCCUCCGGCUGCUGAAGUGA